CCUCUAAACACAUUUCAUGUUAUAGCCUAGUUUCUAGUCGGCCAGAUCGCAUAUGGACCACCUAAUGUAAUGAACAGACUAGAAUGAGCACUGUUCUGCGAAUCAGGUCCACUGUUGUGUAACGGGGCCUAGCCGUACAAAAACAUAUUUCCAUUCCAUUGCAAAUGACGAAGGAACUACGGAGCCUAAAUAAGGAAGGACAACGCGUCAACGAGACACAUGGGCGGAACUACGGGGCUGGGCUGAGCGCCCUUUAGACCGGCUGAGCACGGCUCGAUUUGCCAACUAACAAGGCAUUUCUCUGUCAAAUCCUAUGACUACAACAACCGGGUUGGCGUAUUUGAAUAGGUAAUUUUUCCACGUUCUGUCCACUGGUAUUUGUUAAGUUAAAUAACGGACGGGGUUGACAAAACGGUCCACAACAAAAGAGUGAUGUUAGGUGACGCUUGUAAAAUUGUGUGCUGACAGUGAAGUUGAACACUCUAGCUACAGCUAGCUAACAAGCUAGCACAACAAAUACGCAAGAAAUGACACCAGGCGAAAACCCCCACGUCUUGUUGGGUAGGAUUAGGUUUCUCAACGAAUGCGUAAGAUGUUUUAGAAAGAGCGAGCCUCUUCCAGAAUGUUUAUGUUUCGUUCCUAAAGAAGUGUGCUACAAAAUAUGCAAGGAUUCAUCAUCAACCUCGUCGGUGUCGUCUUCCUCAACACCUGGAAACUCAUCUGGGAAAACACUGAUCUCUGUUUGGGAGAGUCCUUAUCAAUCUCCACACAGUAAGAAAUUAUGUAAAUGUAACAUUGAACCAAAAAAGGGAACGUGUAUCCGAACAACUGGAGAAGAGUACUGUAACAGUCAUGGUCUCUGGGUCAAAAUAAGCAAGGAACAACUGGAGGAAUAUCGUAGUGGAGUAGAUGUGGAAGAGGGCUGGAUCCUUGUGUGUAAGCACACUGAAGGUGGAGACAGGCUGGUGCCGGUUGAAUCACCUGAUACAAUCAGCAGACAGCAGCAGCUUUUUGGUUAUGACCAUAAACCCUGCAACAGGUGGGAGCAGGUGGUGGACAUUGAGAACGCCUUGUAUUUGGGAACCAAGCCCAAGGUGGCAGAGCAAGAUGAGGCUGCCACACAGAAACUCAGGUAUGUGCCACCGACAUGGACUUACGAAUGUGAUGAGGACCUGGUCCACUACUUCUAUGAACACAUUGGGAAGGAGGAUGAGAACCUGGGCAGUGUGAAGCAGUGUGUUACCAGCAUCGAUGUCUCCUCGUGCUCUGAGGACCCCAGUGGUGGAGCCAGUUGUCUAACAGAUGGGGACAAUGAGACCUACUGGGAGAGUGACGGCAUGCAGGGCCAACACUGGAUCCGUCUACAUAUGAAGAGAGGCACUGUGGUCAAUAAGUUGAUGCUGACAGUAGAUUCAACCGAUGACAACUAUAUGCCAAAAAGAGUGACUGUGUUUGGGGGUGAAGCAGAAAAUCUGAAGAAGUACAGUGAUGUUACCAUAGAUGAGAAUCUAAUUGGUGAGGUUUGCGUGCUGGAAGAUAUGACAACACACGUGCCAGUUAUCGAAAUCCGAAUUGAGGAAUGCAGAGGUAACGAUGAUGGCAUUGAUGUCAGGAUCCGGGGCUUGAAGAUUAAGUCAUCCUGUGAGCGAGAUUUGGGCCUGAGUGCUGAUGUCUUCCAGUCGUUUAACCUGGUGCGUUACCCCCGUCUGGAGGGCACCCCCCCAGAGAUCCUGUACCGCCGCGCACUCAUCAUCCAGAGAUUCAUUUCUCUGCUGGACAGUCUCCUGCCCCAUCUGGUGCCAGCCUGGGACUACAGUCUGGGUACCUUCAACCAAAUCAAGAGCAUAAAGCAGUUCCUACUGCUGUCCAAGCGCCGCUGUGCGCUCAUCAGCCAGUGCCUGAAGGACUCUGAGACCAACAAGCCCAACUUCAUGCCUCGCCUGUACAUCAACCGUCGGCUAGCCAUGGAGCACCGUGACAACCCCUCCCUGGACCCCACCUGCAAAAACGCAGUCUUCACUCAGGUGUAUGAAGGUCUGAAGCCAUCAGAUAAAUUUGAGAAGACGCUGGACUAUAGGUGGCCUGCACGAUACGACCAAUGGUGGGAAUGCAAAUUCAUCGCAGAGGGCAUUAUUGAUCAAGGUGGAGGAUUCCGGGACAGCUUGGCAGAUAUGUCUGAGGAGCUGUGCCCCAGUUCAGCUGACUGCCCCAUGCCUCUACCAUUCUUCAACAGAACCUCCAACCAGGGCACAGGGGAGGCCAGAGAUUUCUACGUGCCCAACCCUUCCUGCAGGGAAUUCCAUAAGUACGAAUGGAUAGGCCAACUGAUGGGAGCAGCUCUGAGAGGGAAAGACUUCCUGGUCCUGGCUCUUCCUGGACUGGUAUGGAAGCAGUUGACGGGAGAGGAGGUCAGCUGGACCAAAGACUUCCCAGCAGUAGACUCUGUACUGGUGAAGUUAUUGGAGGCUAUGGAGCACAUGGACAAGGCGACAUUUGACUUCAAGUUUGGCCAGGAGCUAGUGUACACCACGCCACUCAGUGAUGGCCGGCUGGGCGAGCUCAUCCCUGGGGGCAGUGAGGUGGUGGUCCACUAUGAGGACCGCAUGGAGUUCAUCCGGCUCGUGCAGAAAGCACGGCUGGAGGAGAGCCGAGAGCAGAUAGCUGCCAUGCGGGCUGGGUUGGUGAAGGUCGUACCACAGGCUGUGCUAGACCUUUUGACCUGGCAGGAGGCAGAAAAGAAAGUUUGUGGAGAUCCUGAGAUCACGGUGGAGGCUCUCAAACGCUUAACUCGAUAUGAGGACCUUGAACAUAAAGAUGGCCGUGUACAGUACUUGUGGGAAGCUCUCACAAACUUCACAAAUGAGGACCGUAGCAGGUUCCUGCGGUUUGUCACCGGUAGAAGCCGUCUUCCUGCUCCAAUCUACAUAUAUCCUGAUAAACCAGGGUCUGAUACUUCAGAUGCUCUGCCACAGUCUUCUACUUGUUCUAGCACCCUUUACUUACCGAAUUACCCAAGUGCUAAGGUCUGUGAGGAGAAGCUACGCUAUGCUGCUUACAACUGUGUUGCCAUAGACACAGACAUGAGCCCAUGGGAAGAGUGACUUGGCUGAACCAUGUUUACACAAGUUUUUCACACCUGGGUUUUUGCAUAUCCAGCAGUAGUAUCACCCCAUUAACAAAACAAAACUAUGUCUACAAUAUUGCUACUUUCAAAUGUGUAAAUAAAGAGAAGAUGUCUUAA